AUGAAUAAUCUACGGAAUAGUCUGGAGAUUCUGGAUGAUAACUCAGACAUUUUUAAACAAUCUAUUCCCAUAAUAAUUGAAGAUGAUAAUAUUGAAACAUCAAAUAAUCAAAAUGAAACAUCAUCAAACCGCAAAGAUUUGAGUUUUUUAUCUAGUGCUAAUUUCUCAACAGAUUCUCUAGGAGAUGGUACAACUACAACACCAAAUAUUGAUAAACACAGCUUCAAUCAAAAUGUAUUUCAAUUUUCGAAUACUCCAAUGAGCCCACCAACUCCAAGAAGAUAUUCAAAUUCGUCAUUAACAAACUCACCAAUACUAGCACCACCAUCAUCAGCACCAAAUAAUUCUCAAUUUGGGGGUACUCUACCUACCAGGACAAGACCCAAGUCAGCAUUCUUAAUGGACUCUUUUAAUUCUAUUUCAGAAGAUGGAACAGAAAAUAAAGUGUUUAAUUUCAAUAAUACAGCAAGAUCAAGAAAUUCAGUAACCAUGGACUCGGUACUAAAUUAUACAAGUACUAACAGAUCACCAUCGCCAUCAAGGUCCACAUCACCAGUAAGACUAAAUAAAAAUUACAGAUCCAAAUCACCAGUCAGAAGAUCAUCAUCACCUAAAAAAAUAUCAAACCCUUUUAAUUUCCAAUCACAAGAAAUGUUCAUGAACAAUAAUGGAUCAAAUCAUUCAUUACAAGUGAAACCAGCUCAUAGAAAAGGUCAUAAGUACAAACAUUCAUCAGUUUCAAUGAAUUUAUUUCAAGAACCACCACCAAUAAGUAUAACCGAUAAUCAAUUAAAAUCUAUACCUGACCUGUAUCCUAUACCAAAUUAUAAAGAAGCAUUGUCAUCAAUAACAAAACAUCAAAAAUUUAGACUAAUAUGGGCUAGUUUCCAUGUAGCAUUAUCAAUAUUAGUAUUUGUUGUCGGAUUUAAAUUCAAAAUAAGUUCAUUAUCAACAGUUGCUCAUUUAGUAUUUUAUGAUGCAUUAGGUUCAUUUUUUAUAGCUUUGGUUGAUAUAAUGUCUAAUUUUGAAGUAUGGAAUAAUUCAUCGAUUGCUUAUCCUUUUGGUUUAGAACGUAUUGAAGUUUUAGUAAGUUUUGCGUUAAGUGCUUCUUUAGUGAUGUUAAGUUUUGAUUUGUUUAGUCAUUUUAUUGAAGAAUUUGUUUUGUCCGUAGUGUCUCAUGAUGAUCAUCAAGAUCAUGAACAUUUAUCACAUCAUAUUCAUGAUGAACUGGAUGGGUCAAGCAAAAAUUGGAUAGCUUACCAAUCAAUUUUAAUGAUUACUUUGGCAGUUUCAUUAAUCUCGUCAAAUUUAAUUUUAGCGUAUGAUAAAAUCAAUGAAUUACUAACAUCAAAAACUGAAAGAACUGCAAACCCUUUUAGUCCAGUUGAAAAGAAAAGUUCACAACUACUAAAAUUUAUCAAAAUAUGGAAAAAUUACCCUACACAUUUAAUCACAAUUACUUAUGUCAUAUUUUUAAUGAUUGUACCAUUAAUUCCCGAAAGCUUUGUGAAAAAUUUGGCAUAUGAUAUAAACAAAUGUGCAACAAGUUUAGUAGCUUGUCUAAUUUUAUAUAAUGGUUGGAAUUUAGUUAAAUCACUAGGUGGAAUUUUACUUUGUUCAUUCCCAUUUUCAGAUUAUCAAUAUGACUUAUUAAUAUCCAAAAUUAAUCAACAAAUAUUAUCAUUAGAAUUUUUCAAACAAAAUUUUACAAUUGAGAAAUUAUUUAUAACAAAGUUCAAUUAUAAAUUAUAUGUCAUUGGAGUUAGUCUACAAAUGAAAGGUGCUGAUUCAGAUGAAGAAAUAAGAAUGAGAUUUGAAGUCAAUAGAAUCAUUGAAAAUGAAGUUCAACAAUUAGAUAAUUCAAAUUCAAGAUGCAAUUGUACAAUUGAUAUAAAUAGAAUUUAA